AUGAUUACCCUCUCAUUCGUUUCACUUUUCUAUCUUUCCCUUCCGGCCCUAAUCGCUGGCCAAUGUUCUAGUGAUUGGCAAACAAAUGUAGGUAGUGAUGGGUUUACUUAUGGAUAUAAGGCUAUUGUUGCUGAUAUGGUCAACUUUUUUGAGGCACAUGACGUCUGCGCGGCCCUAGGCGCACAAGUAGCCAGUAUCCACAGUGCUCAGGAAAAUGCCUUUGUGAUAUCCAUCGCUUCCUCACUCCUCGACCAAUGCGAAAACAACAACUCCGUCUGUAAACAGCGUGUUGAUCGUUCAACUACGAGCUCUUUACGGCUUGACAGAUUACUACGUUCAUUCUGGAUUGGAAUGCAUCGAGUGCAAUACGCUCCUUUCUACAAUACUUCAGUUGAUUGUUGUUGGUCAGAUGGAACACUAUGUGAUUAUGGUAGAUUUGACGGCGUUGCAGAUCCGAAUCAAAAUAUACCACCAUGGUCAACAGGAAACCCUUCAGGAUCGUCUAGUUCAAUUACUUCAGUUGGAUGGAAUGUCGAGGAUUGCGUUGAGAUAACAAACGACAAUGGCGUAUUGUGGAAUGACAUUGGAUGCUACCACAAACUAGGUGGUGUCGUUUGUAAAAAGAAUUGUACAAACACAUGCCCACCAGUUACAACUCAAGCCCCGGCAGUUACUUCAAAACCCAUUACAACGAUACCAGUAGUAACGACAACCACCGAUGAUGAUACAGGCGGGUAUAUCUGCGGUUCAGAUGAUUGGCAGUGGAAGAAUAACGGGAAUGGAAAGGCCUAUGCCUACAAGUGGUUUAACCAAAGCGGAAGCUUUUGGCAGCUUCACGAUCUUUGUUAUGACUCAUGUGCGACACCUUGCUCUAUUGAAUCAGAAGAAGAGAAUCAACAUAUAGUUAAUAAUGUUUGUGCUGGAGCCUUUUCGAGCUCAUCUAGUGGAAGAAAGAAGCGAGCUACUGACUCUGAAUGCAUAUAUACGGGCUUUCAUCGGUACCAAGAAAGUCCACCAAAUGGUCCGAUUGGAUGCAGUUGCGACGAUGGUAAAUCUUGUGACUAUGGAAAUGAUGACACGACCACAACAACCUCCACAACUUCUACAACAAAAGCGGCAACAACUACAAAAGCCUUCACAACCCCUAGACCAUCAACCUCAACAAUCAGAGCAACCUCAAAAGCAACCACAAUCAUCACUAGCACCACAAAACCCAACAACCCUUGGGCCCCUGGAUGCCCCGCCAACUCUACAAAUGGCUUGGGCGAUUCUGAUGGUUAUGGAACUAAAAACUGUGUGGGCUUUGAUUCUAAUGGAAAAUGGAGAGAUCAAGCAUGUGAGAGGCCUGGGAAGGGCAUCGUCUGCAAGAAGCCAUGUAUCCCACCAGUUGGCUCUUGAAGGGAUAGAAGAAAGGAAUCAUUUUAUGUUAAAAAUUGAAAUAUGAAAAUUUAAUUAAGCACACUUUUAAAUUGAUAUUUGUGUGACAAAAAAUUUUUGAUACAAAACAAAUAAUCAAAUAGCAUUGGAGCUGGAGGAUCAGAGUAUUUGGAUCCGGAAGAAUUUCUGAUAGCAAUAAAUUUUCUUUUACUAUA